AAUCCCCUGCUUUGCGCAUGCGCAGACGCGUGAGCAGCAUGGCCGCAGGCAGCAGUGUGGAGUGGCUGAAGAGUGUGAAAGCAGUGAUUUUAGACAUGUGUGGAGUGCUGUAUGAUAGCGGAGAGGGAGGAGGACAGGCGAUACCCGGGUCUGGAGAAGCAGUGAGGAGGCUGAUGGAUUCCGGUCUGACGGUGCGUUUCUGCACUAAUGAGACUCAGAACACACGUGAGAGGUUCGUGCAGAAGCUGCGUGUGAUGGGCUUCGACAUCAGCGUCAGUCACGUGUUCUCCCCCGCGCCGGCGCUCAUUCACAUCCUCAGAGAGAGAGGCCUGCGGCCCCACCUGCUGGUGCAUGAUGGUACUUUUACCAUGUUUUACAGUGUUGUUGUUCUUUACUGCCUGUGUGUGUGUGUGUGUGUGUGUCAGGUUGUGAUGAUCGGUGAUGAUCUGCUCAAUGAUGUCGGUGGAGCUCAGCGCUGCGGGAUGAAGGGUCUUCAGGUCAGAACUGGCAAAUACAGGCCGAGCGACGAGCAGCACCCGAGCGUGAGAGCCGAUGCUUACGUGGACGACCUCGCCGCCGCCGUGAACGCCAUCCUGACCGAUCACUGACCAGGAGCCGACUCUAGCGAUCGAUCACGCUCUGUAGAUGAAGCUGCACUGAGACAUGAAGAACACUGUGAAAGCCAGACGCAAGCCCUCAGUGACACUUAUGUAUAAUGUAUUAUAAAGGUUUCAUAAUGUACAUUAUAAUUCAUUGUAUCUUUUCAUAAGUAGAUGUAACCUUGCAUUAUAACAUUUUGUCAUGUGUUUUAGUGCAUUAUACUUUCUAAAGGUGUAACAAUGACUAGAUAAAGUAUUAUAACUGUUGUUACAGUUAUUCACAAUGCAUUAUAAGCUGCAUAAUUAAUGCAUUAAAACUACUUUAUAAUGCAUUAUAUAUAUAAGGGCUUUAGAUAAAGUGUCUUUGUGAACUUACACUCACCAUGGCCAAUAAAAGACAUUAUUUUUGCAUGAAUGAAUUUGCUGAUAAAUAAAUGUCCUGCCAGAAAACAAACGUUCUGACACUGAGGUCUAGUAUUAUUAGGGCCGUUCACG